CACAGUCCCCACUCAGCUUUGUCUAUUCUCACAAGAAAAACAAGGAGCUCCAUUAAUGCACUUCCCUCUUAAUCGCCUUAUCAGUCAUCUUUGAUCGUUUCUCUCUUUUGUACGGCACUUUUCAACUACCACCUUACAUUAAAUUUGCAGUCAAACCAGCAGGCAGGCGCCGUCCACUUCUCUUUAUAGCCCACUUCAAUAAUAUUACAGAAAUUUAGCCAAAGUAUUUACAAUUAACUUCAAGUUACCUUUUUUAACCUUGUUUUGGCUUCUGGGUUGUUGUUUAUUUUCCUAGAAAGUAGAUAGAUAAAGAGAGAGAUAGAGACAUGUUCAUUGGAUCAUGAAAGUUGCUUGUUUGUUAAUGUUCCCUUGUGUUUCUCUCCAUUGGGUUCCUUUCAUUUUUGACUGAAGUUAGUUAAAGUGUUGAACUUUUUCUUGGGAACAACACCUUCUUUGAUCUUCCUAAGUAAGAGUAUUUUCUUUAUGUUUUUCCUCCAACAUUUACUUGAGUUUCAGCUUUCCAUGUUUUUUAAGUAAGCUCCUGAAUUUGAUAAGUGUAAAAGAGAUUUGCCUUAGCAUAUAAACAGGAUUUGCAGUUCUCUACUCCAGUGAAAUUUCUCUUCUUGGGUUUGUAAUUAAAGGUUCAACCUUCAGGGCUUUUAUUCACCUCUUGAGACAUCUGGAAUUUGUUGCCUCACAAGCUUGUUCCAUGGGAUACUUUUACUUGUUUGUUCUAGUAUUGUUUUCAUGGAGUUGCUUUUUCCAGACUACUCAUGGAUUGCAAGCUUAUCAAACUCAACUUCUGCUGCAAGUAAGGAAGCAUUUAGAGUACCCUUCACAGCUGCAAAUUCUAGAUAAUUACAAUGGGGACCUCUGUAACUUGUCUGAGACAGCACAUGUUGUGAUAUCUUGCCAGGACAAUUUAGUCACUGAGAUUAAGAUUAGGGGAGAUAAGCUUGCUAAUAUUAGUGGAUUCAUUGGAUAUGCAAUUCCUAGUAAAACAUUGUCUGAGACUUUUUCCAUUGAUUCUUUAGUUACCACAUUGACAAGGUUAACCAGUUUAAGGGUACUUAGCCUAGUGUCGCUUGGAAUUUGGGGGCCACUUCCUGAGAAAAUUCAUAGGCUAUAUUCUCUUGAACUUUUGGACUUAAGCUCCAAUUUCAUGUUUGGCUUUAUCCCCCCUCAGAUAUCUAGAAUGGUUAAGCUUCAAACUCUAACGUUGGAUGGCAAUUACUUCAAUGAUACUAUUCCUGAUACAUUGGAUUCCUUAUCAAAUCUUACUGUUCUGAGUUUGAGGGGCAACCGGUUGAGGGGUGAGUUUCCUGCUUCAAUAAGCAGGAUUUCAAGCCUUACAGAUAUUGCACUGUGCCACAAUAAGAUUUCAGGUAAAUUGCCUGAUUUGAGUUCUUUGACUCGACUGCGUGUGUUGGAUUUAAGAGAGAAUCGGUUGGAUUCCAAACUGCCUGUCAUGCCCCAAGGAUUGGUUACAGCUCUUCUUGCUAAGAACUUAUUCUCAGGUGAAAUUCCUAGGCAAUUUGGCAUAUUGAGUCAUCUUCAGCACCUUGACUUAUCUUUUAAUCAUCUAAGUGGAACACCUCCCUCUGCCUUGUUUGAUUUGCCAAGCAUCAGUUAUUUGAAUUUGGCAUCAAAUAUGCUGAGUGGUUCACUUCCAGAGCAUCUAACCUGUGGUAGCAAACUUGGGUUUGUGGAUAUUUCUAGUAACAAGUUGCUUGGUGAGCUUCCUUCUUGCUUGAACGAUAAAUCAAAUAAGAGAGUAGUCAAAUUUGGUGGAAAUUGCUUGUCAAUUGAUGGCCAACAGCAGCAGCAAGGUUCCCAUUGUAAAGAAGCAAACACGAGGAAAAGUGGAAGAAAGAUAGCAGUAUUAGUUGCUGUUAUUGUUGGAUCUGUUCUUCUUCUGGUGCUUUUGGCAUUUGGGGUUCUUAUUCUGUCUCGAAAAUGCUGCCGAAGGCGGACUUUUGAAACUCAUAUAUGGCAAAAGGCUGUUCAAGAGAAUCCAAUAACCGGGGUUUCACCUGAAGUUCUUGCAAAUGCCAGAUUCAUCUCUGAAGUUGUGAAGCUAGGGGCACAAGGUGCUUCAGUAUGUCGACUUUUUCCCUUGGAAGAGUUGAAGGAAGCCACAAAUAACUUUGAUUCAUCAAUGUUUAUGGGUGAAGGCUCCACUGGGAAGCUCUACAAAGGAAGAUUGGAGAAUGGGACCUAUGUUGCCAUUCGAUCUUUGACUUUACUCAGGAAAUAUUCAAUUCAAAAUCUUAAAGUUAGGCUUGAUUUCUUCUCAAAGCUUCACCAUCCACAUUUAGUAGGCCUUUUGGGUCACUGCAUUGAUGGUGGCGUACAAGAUGAUUCCAGUGCAAACAAAGUCUUCCUCGUAUAUGACUAUGUGCCUAAUGGGAAUUAUCAUAUGCAUCUGUCAGAAAAUUGUCCGGAGAAGGUUCUUAAGUGGUCUGACAGAUUAGCAAUUCUAAUUGAUGUCGCCAAGGCUGUACAUUUUCUACAUACUGGGGUUAUUCCUGGUGUUUAUAAUAACCGAUUGAAGACGAAUAAUAUAUUGCUGGAUGAGCAUCGAAUAGCAAAGCUAAGUGACUAUGGGAUGUCAAUUAUCAUGGAAGAAAAUGACAAACUAGAGGCAAAGGGAGAAGGCUUAAUGUCUAGCCAAAGGAAAAAUUUGGAGGAUGAUGUUUACAACUUUGGAUUUAUAUUGCUCGAGUCUCUUGUUGGGCCUAUAGUGUGUGGAAAAGGAGAAACGUUUCUUUUGAAUGAAAUGGCAUCCUUUGGCAGCCAGGAUGGCCGAAAGAAAAUUGUGGAUCCAACUGUGUUAACCACUUGCUCACAGGAGUCGUUAUCCAUAGUGGUAUCUAUUACAGGCAAAUGCAUAUGUCCUGAACCAUCAUCUCGGCCAUCUUUUGAGGAUGUUCUUUGGAACUUGCAGUACGCAGCUCAAGUUCAGGCUGCAGCUGAUGCUGAUCAGAAAUCGGAUUCUACAUAGUUAAUUUUUAAUAUGGUUAGUGCACACCUGAUGUUCAUUUGUAGAAACAUGCGGACACUGCUCAGAUAAAGCUCUUGGAAGGUGCUCUGGUGUAAAAAACGAGUAAGGUCCUAUAUUUAGCUGCACUUCCUGAGAAAUGUAAAGUUGUAAAUGUCUUUUUCUAGACCUUCUAAAUGGAAAAUUUUUGGUAAAAUAGAUGUCUUUCAUACAUUUUUGUUAUAAGAAAGCUACCAUGGCCAUAGGCAACAAGGAAAUGGCACCAAAUACUGUUUUUGAACAAUCUCUGGUAGCUUAGUUCAAUGGUCUGUUCUGAUUUUUAUCCAUUUCAAAGAAAAAAGCUUUCCAUAUGAUGAGAUUUUGCAUAUGCAAAUCUUCUUGACUUGCAAAGAUGGAUCAAAAAAUUUUGUUUUCAACAUCAUUUCUCAAAGGAGAUAGAAGUUCUUACAAUCAUUAUGAACAAUUGCAGAGCUUCUUAACUACUUCACAACUAGAAGUAUCUGUAUCAGUUAUAACUGACAUACCCUGCAAUAUCGAAAAGCUUCUGUGAUUUCAUCUUGUCUUGGAAGGAUCUUCAAAUAUACCCCAGCAGAAGCAGAAACCAGUUCAUCACAAUCAUUAUGCUCAUUGCUUUCAAAUUCAGGCAAAGUUCUCAAGCUUCGUGUUCUGGUAGGUUUAUAAUUAUCUGCAACCAAUGGCUUGCCAUUCCUAGUUGAAAAUCAUACAUGCUUUUAAAAGCUUCAAGCUGCUCAGGAUACCCAACAAUCAUCACCAAAAAGCAAAGCCUUUACAAGCUGGUUUGUUCUUGACACAACUAGCCAAUAAAACUCAAUUGAAUGUCACAUUUUUAUACUUACUAACAGCCUUUCCUAAGGUUAUAUGUCCCAUUUCUUUCAUGCAGAAAGGG